CACCAGACAAUCGUUUAAUUGCAAUAUGGCAAACAAAAAACCAUCCCCUAGAACGAAUCGGGAUAUUCUUACUGGAGGUAGUAAAUACCGUAGUAAGCAGACGAAAAAGUUUGGUGUUGAGGAGGUUGUUUUUGACAAAGAUUCCAGGCAUGAGUUCUUGACCGGAUUCCAUAAAAGAAAGGUGGAGAGACAAAAAAAGGCCAAGAAAUUCCACGAAGAGCAGGAUAGACUAGCCAAGAUCGAGGAGAGGAAACAGAUUCGGGAAGAGAAACAAAAGGAAUUUGAGGCAAAGAUGGAGGAGUUGAAGGAGGCCAAAAACUUGGAUGUCAGCGAGAUAUUGAAGCAGGAAAAUGAUGAGGAGCAAUGGGAGGGCUUUGGUAGCGACGAUCAAGACAAUGAAGAAAAGCCAUCCGACAUUGCCUCGGAUGAUGAACCUCUCAAAGGGAUUCUCCAGAAAAAACAGAUUUACAAAAUAGACAAUCUCGAGGCAUUGGGCGAUGCGGUGGUGGAUGACGAGACCACUGUGACUGUCGAGGCGCUUGAGAAUCCCAACUUUGCCAGAGUGGGCCAAUCUUCCUUAGACCUCAUGGCCCAAACCAACAACGUCAAUCUCAGCAAGUCCGAGGAGGUAUUGGAGAAGUCGAUUGAGCGUGCGAAAAAGUACGCUGUGGUGUGUGGAGUAUCAAAGCCGCAGCAGAAGCAAAAGAAGAAAAAGUUCAGGUACUUGACUAAGACCGAGCGGAGAGAGAAUAACAGGAAGGUUAAGUUGAACAAGUUAAAAAGUAGGAAGAAAGAAUGAGUUAGUGCAUAUGGGAAUACAGUUUUGGGUUCGUGAAGAUUGAUCAGUAGGAAGCC